AUGCCGUCUCUUUAUUCUCCAAAAGACGAAGCUCUUCGAUUCAUCCAAGUGCUCACCGGCUAUGCACCCAACAACCCAUCUCUCAUUUGGGAAGCGCUACAAGUAGCAGGAAAUGGGAACACGCCCGGAAAUAAAGACGGAAACAAGGAUCUCGCUCUUGUCGGGGAUGCAAUUCUCAGUCUUCAUGUCAUUAUAGAAGGUCGUCAAAGACACCAGUGCAGAGAGAGAAUCAACAAGGUUGAAUCUUCCUUAGGUGCCAACUCCAGCCUCGCCAGAAAGGGCUUCAAGCUUGGUCUUGAGAGUUACAUCCAGGGCAAUCAAUCCCAAAGAGGCGAGAUCUCUGACCGCACCAUGGCCACUACAGUAGAAGCCAUCAUUGGAGCGAUUUUCGUCGAUAGUGGUUGUGAUUAUUCUGUACUCCCCGACGUUAUGGCUCGCUUGGGUCUGGGAUGGCCUCAAUAG